CACUUCAGGAUGUCGCUCCCGGCGCUGCGCCGCGACCAGCUGCUGGCCUCGCUGGACCCCCUGGCCUUGAACAAGUACUCUCUGCCGUCUGUGCAGUACCCCACGAUGCCACAGGCGCUCUGGGGCGACCAGGAGCCCCUCUCCAAGGUCUGCCCCACCAUACCAUGCUGCUUUGGAGCCAACUGAGUAUGGACUGAAACCUCCAACAACUGAAUCAGAAAUUGAAAGUAAGAAAAAGAAAGCAAUAAAUAUUCAGAUGUCUGGAGAUAGUCAACUUAGAAUUCAACAUAAUACAGAGUGGGGAGCCCCAAACAGAGGAAGAUGAAUUCUCUUGCCCCAAGAAGAAAUUAAGGCAACUUGCUGAUCAUCCGAGGUCCCGACACAUCCCACCUGGGCAAGCCGAGGUCCCACCACAGCUUGCCGAGGUCCUGCUGCAACUUGCCGAGCUUCCACAAGCCGAAAAGAGAGCUGAGUUGACAGGGUGCCUACAUCACCUGUGGUGAGUGACAGGAGUGGAGCCAUUCCAUAAAUAGGGGGGCUCCGGCAGAUGACAUUCUGGGACUGAGGAGGACUGGCAAGUACAAGGGGCAGCAGCGACUUCAGUCAGUUGCUCCCUUCCCGAAUGGGAUUGGUGGAUUAAGCUAGGCCUGGGUCACGUGACUUGGCUGAGACCCAAUAGGUUAUCCGAAAUCAAGUCCCUACAGUGAUGGUGCACACUAACCACACUAACCCAGUAAAAUCUUAGAAGUUUGACUGACAGUGCGGGCCACAGCAAGUUGACUCAUCUGGAGGGGAGGUGGUGCAAGGAAAUGCAAUGCAUGUCACAGCAACUUGACAGAUCCCCGUGCCACCGCACUCCAGCCACUGCCUGCAGCACCUCCGGGCUGCCAGCAAAACCUGUCGCCCCGGCCCAGGAGUGACUGGGCACCCACAGCUGCCCCCACCCCUGACCCACUGUGGCCGCCCACCCGGAGGGGAGGCAGCACAAAGUCCACCACCGCUGCUGCCUCCACCACCACUGCCACGACACUGCCCACUGCCGUCAUGCUCCAGCUGCAGCCACCUGGAGGGGAGGGAUACAAAGUAAUACAUGCAGGCCACAGCAUCUUGAGGGGAGGGGCCAGCAUAUGCUGGCCCUGUCUGCAACUCACUAGCACACUGCAGUGGGAAGGGUCAUCUAGCCAGUGCACUUCAGAAGAAUUGUAACCAACAAAGAAAGAAACUGGGAAGCUUCUUUCCUGGAAGAAGCAAAAAAGAUGGGAAGAGGAAGCAACAACAAAAAGUCCCCAGGUCCCAACCCUGAGAACACUGACCCAGGACAGGUAAGUACAAAGGAGAAUGAGAAUAGCAAACAUGCAAUAUCAAACACAGCACCAGUAGACGUAAAGACAUAUAUUCGGGACCUCAUAGACAAGUUCGAAAGUGAAAUACUUAGCCAAAUAAAGCAAGACAUAAGAAAAUUAAUUAAAGAGAUACUAAGCACCCCUCAAGCAGACACAGAUGGAAGAAGGGAGGAACUCAAAGGAGAGAACCAUUUGAUGAAGAAUACAAAAAAGUAUAGAAUACAUGAAGCAGAUUCAAAAAGAUCACCAGGAAAUUAAAAACUCUAUGGAAAGAUGGCAAAUCAGCUUGAAAGAAACUAAGGAUAGAUUAUCCAAACUGGAGGAUAAUUUUGCAAUGUGGGAGUAUGAAAGGGAAAACUUUUUAAAAAUAACAAGGAAACAAGCAGUAACAAUACAAAGACAUUUUAGAUGACAAAAGGUUCUAUAACUUGAGAAUAAAGAAUGUGAAUGAAGAAGCUGGGGCACCGGGAGAACAUGGCGGACAGAUAACAGCAACUACCGGAGGCUCUCUGAAAGACUUGGCUCAGAAGCCAGGAAUGGUGCGGACUAAGGAGACAUAAGCAGGUGGAGAUAUGCUCUGCUGACUCAGGAACGAACUGGGCUGAGAGAAGCCAACUUGGAAUGCAGUCCUGGUGCUAAAACAGGAACAGAAAAGACUCGGUGUGGAGGCUGGAACCGCGCCAUUGUAAGCCGCGAUUUGGGUUUCCCGCCGCACGGCGGCUGGCUGCCUCUACAGCGGCUCGGCAAGGAGAGAGACGCGCGGAAGCUCUGAGAACGGCAAUCUGCGAACCGCAGGGAGGCGUGCACUGACUUAUGGUGAGGUGAGUGAGAGAAACUGACACUCUACCACAGUUUGACUCCAGCGGAGGACUUUCUGGGUCUGAGCAGUCCUGCAGGAGCAGGGCGCGGUGGCCGACUCCAGUCACACAUCCCCCUCUCGGGCGGGAUUGGUGAAAAGUGCCUGGCCUGCGUGACGCUGCCGGCGGACCUGGUAGACUGUCCCAACCCAGAUCCCAGAGCCUGACGGUGGCCGGGAGGGGAGACGCGUAGGCUGCCUGGUCCGUAACUCCCUGGUGCGCAGCGGUGAGCGGGAACAACUAACUGGCGCAAUUCGAUCAGGCUGUGGCUGACUGGGAGAGAAGCUGGGCCUCUUAUAUAAGCUUGCAUAUAUAAGGAACAGAGAAGAAGAGGCAGCAUGGGAAGAGGCAGCAACAAGAAAGGCUCCUCGGCCCCCAAUUCUGAGAAACAGGCAAUAGCAGACACCGCACCAAUACACAUAAGGCACCAUAUAGAGAGCCUCAUAGACCAAUUCAGGAAUGAAGUUAUCAAUGACCUGAAGCUAGAAGUAUGCAGAAUAGUUAGAGAAAUGCUAAGUACCACCCAAGAAAAAACAGGUGGUGGAAUGGAAGAACAGAAAAAAAGGGGAGAAUUGUUUGAUGGAGAAAACAGAGAAAGCAUAGAAUACGUGAAGCAGGUUCAAAGGGACUACCAAGAUACUAAGAAGUCUAUAGAAGACUGGCAUAACAGCUUUAAAGAAACUAAGGACAGACUAUCUGAACUGGAGGGCAGACUUGUAAUAUGGGAGAAUGAAAUGAAAAACUUCUUAAAAAUAACAAAGAAACAAACAGCAAUAAUACAAAGACAAGAAGAUGAUAAGAGGAUCCAUAACUUAAGGAUUAAGAACAUAAAAGAAGAAGUAGGGACACAAACAAAUGAACUACAAAAGCUACUCACAGAAAUAAUCCAGGAGAAUUUUCCUAAUUUAGCAAAAGGUAAAGAUACUCAGAUGUAUGAGGCAUACAGGACCCCAGCUACCUACAACCCAAACAGAGCAACACCCAGGCAUAUAAUAAUAAAAAUUCCAGAAAUUCAAUACAAGAACAGAAUAUUAAAAGCUGUAAGAGACAAGAAACAGACCACUUACAAGGGAACACCCAUCAGAAUUACAGCAGAUUUCUCUGCACAAACCAUCAAAUCACGAAGAGCGUGGGGGGAAAUAAUUCAAGCUUUGAAAGAUAAUAAUCUCCAGCCAAGAUUGAUAUAUCCUGCACAACUGUCCCUGGAAAUUGAUGGAAAAACAAGGUGCUUCCAGGAUAAAGAGGAACUGGGGGAAUUUGCAACCACCAAUUCAACUCUACAGAGAGUAUUGCAGGAUAUUCUAAAAAAAGAAAAAUACAAAGAAUCCAGAAAUAAUGGCAGAGAGGCCACAACAAAUGGAGCAGAGACAAAAUGAAGAAGACAAACUGACAGCUACUGACAGAAAAAGAGCUUAACAGAAAUGAGGCAGAGAAGAUUGGAUGAUAGGAACAGCUAUUUUGGAGAAAAUGACAUCUUAAUAGGUAAUACUGAUUUAGUAUCAUCUUGUUUUGAAGUCUCAUCUAGCUUUUGUCUUCAAUGGUCUAAAUAGGCUGUAUCUUAUUGGAUUUUAUUAUGUACGAUAGUAUAAGCAAAAACCUUUUAAAGACAAGGAGAUUAUACAGAAACCAUUGUUCAUUUUCUGUUAGUCGAUUCUAAAUACUCUGUAAUGCUGUCAUUCUCUUGAAUGGUUUUACAUUGUUUUGAUAUACUUAAUGCUACAGUAUACGAAGUUGUACUCAAGGAUUUCAAAGAAAGAAACAGUAUGGUAACUACUUUUAGGUCAGGAUUAUCUGGUGGUGAAACACUAUUCUGCUUAAAUGGUUAUGUUUUGAUCUGCGCUGUUUCGUUGUUAUGCCCUCUUUUAUCUCAAUCUCCACUCCAUUAUUUACUUUUUUAUCUUUAUCCUUUUAAUUAAAGGGAAAAAAAUAGCAGGAUAUAUUAUAGUAACCCACUUUGACUUUUCAUUACCUUGAUUUGAAGCCCUGUAUUACUCUCACCAUCUGGUUUUUAACUGAUGUUCCCCUAUUCUGUUUUGCUGGAUAGUAUCAGGUUCAAAAGUUUAGGCAUCAGCUGUGAAGAUAAUGAGAUUCAUUAUGACGCCCAUUCUUGUUGACUUUUAUCUACUUUUGAAGACCUACAAUGUUUCCAAUGUUUUGGUUUUGUCGGUUUUAUUCUUUACUGUUUUGUUCAAUUGUAUUAUAACUAAUGAUAUAGGCAAUUCUAUUAGAGAUAGCGGGAGGCAUUAUGGUAACCAUUGUUGAUCACCUUGUAUUAUGUUUUUACAUUAUCUAUUAUGUCCACCCUUUUGACUUGACCGAUUCUGUUCUGUUAUGUCACAUUUGGUUUUACUCUCUUCCAAAAAAAUAAUAAGAACCGUGGGAGCAAUGAAACCCAAAAUGUGUAAUAGUCAUGAUACAAAAGAGAGGAAAAGAAAGUGCUCCAAACUAUAUAACUGCAUGUAUAUUUAAGUGUAUAAGAUAGAAAAUGAUAUCACAGAGUUUUAUUGGAUCAAUGAACAGAACUGUUUGCAGUAUCAUUGAUGGAAUGUCCACUUUACAAGCUUUAAUUUUGUGACUUGAACAAUUAUUUCUAAGAUGACAAUAUGUAAUCCAUUAACUAGUGAUUUCCUACUGUUCAUUUUUUUUCUGUAAAUCUGUAUAACUUGUACCCUUUCCCUGCUUCUUUUUUCUUUUCUCCUUAAAUAAAAUUUAAAAAAAAAAAAAAGAAGCUGGGGCAAAAACAAAGGAACUACAAAGGUUAUUCACAGAAAUAAUUAAGGAAAACUUCCCAAACAUAGGAAAAGGAAAUGAUAUGCAGAUGUAUGAGGCAUACAGAACUCCAGCCACCUACAGCCAAAACAGAGCUACACUCAGGCAUAUAAUAAUCAAGAUCCCAGAAAUUCAGUACAAGAACAAAAUAUUAAAAGCUGUUAGAGACAAGAAACAGAUAACCUAUAGAGGAAUGCCCAUCAGAAUAACGGCAGACUUCUUGACACAAACCAUCAAGUCAAGAAGAGCCUGGAGCGAAAUAGUCCAAGCCCUGAAAGAAAAUAACCUCCAGUCCAGAUUGAUAUACCCUGAUAAACUGUCUCUAGAAAUUAGUGGAGAAACAAGAUGCUUCCAAGACAAAGAGGGACUUGGGUAAUUCACAAUCACCAAUCCAAAUCUACAGAGACUACUGCAGGGCAUUCUAGAGAGAGAGAGAAAAGUACUAGGAUUCCAGGAACAGUGGCAGAGAGGCCUCAAUGAAUGGAGCAGAAAACAGAAUGAAGAAGACAAGCAGACAACUGAUGGCAAACAAGAGCACAACAGAAAUGAGGCAGAGAAGAUUUUUACUCAAAACUGAUAUGAUUGAUAGUAUCAAGUCUGAGAGUGUAAGCAACUACGCGGAAGAUGACAAGACUCUCUGAUACACAUUCUGGUUUGAUAACUGCCAGGUUUUGAAGUUCUAUACUAUACACAAAGUUGUGUUUUUAUUAAUACUGUUAUGUACUGAUAUAUUCAAUUAUACUAUGUCUGAUGAUACAGCCAAUUCUAUUGGAGAUAACAAGAGACAACAGAGGAACCAUGGUAGAACUCUUCGUACAAUGGUCUUAUACGUUUAUUUCAUUUCAUGUGUUUAUAGGAAUAUGUUUUGUUUUGUUUCUCCCUCUAAUAUAGAAAGGAUAGAAAUACAUGUUAAGACUCAUGCAUAUGUAGAAUCUGUAAACAGUUUAUGAGAACAGAUCUUAUGACACAUGAUGAAAUGAACAGAUACUUUGAAGAAAAAGAAACACUAAAAUACCCAGUGCUGAUCCUGGUGUGUCAUAAUGUGAAACCCAGCAAUAGUAUUAUUCUUUGUUCAGAGUGAUAUUAGCCUGAUUGGGUUUAUUCAAUGUCAGCAUAAUUGAAGAGAUGGAUAACUGCAUGUAUGUUUAAGUGUAUAGGAUUGACAAUCAUGUUACUAAGUUUUUGUUGGACAGUUGAACAGAACUGUUUGCCAUCUCACUGUUUGAAUUCCCACUCUACAUAUUCCAUUCUUGUACCUUGAACAACUAUUUGUAAAAUGACAAUAUGUAAACGUCAACUAGUGAUUUCUUACUGUUUAUUUUUUUCUCUGAACGUAUGUAUUAUUUCUACUUAUUUUCUGUUUUGCUUAGUCUUUCUUUAAAUAAAAAUUUUUUUAAAAUACAA